UGGAUUUUCUCUGCACCUGUUGCCCUUAGGAGUUCCUGUCUCCCCAGCAGGGGCCCGCAUCUGGGUUCCGGGCAGCCCUGCCGUGCGGCUCUCCCAGCGCUGCGAGCGGCGGCCCUGUUGUUCAGGUGAGAUCUGUUUGUGCCCAGACAGGAUUGGCCGGACCCGCUCCCGGGAGGGGCAAUCAUGCGCCCCCUGCCGAUGCCCAGGCUCUGUCCAGAUGCCCAGGCAUCCCCGAGACGCUCGCGGGGAUUGUGAAGUGGGGGGGAGCCAGAAAUGCAGAGGGACAGCGUGGCCCAGAGCUUCAGCCCGGCUCUUCUGAAAUCUCGGAUGCUCUCCAUGCACCGGGGGGAGCCGGUGCCCGACGAGGCCGGCUGCAGCGUCUGCACCGCCUCCGUGGAGAAACGGAUCAGGGCCGAGCAGGCCUGCCGGCUGCACGAGCGGGUCCUGGACUCCCUGUCCCGCUUCCAAGACUGGCUGCGGGGGGCGGAGCUGUGGGCCGCCUCCCCUGCGUCCUCCCAGGUGCCCUUCGCUGUGGCCAAGGAGGAGCUCAAAAAGUUUGAGGUGCUGCAAAGGCAGAUCCAGGAGAAGUUGCACCAUCUGGAGUCCUUAAACCGGCAGUACCGGCAGCUGGUUCAGGCCAACGGCCUCCGUUUGCAGGGCCGGCUCAGGACCGCAGUCCAGGAGAGCAACCAGCGCUGGGACAACCUCCAGAAACGAGCUGCUGCCAUCCUCAAGAGACUGAAGUAUUUUGUCAGCCAGCGGGAGGAGUUUGAGUGGGAGCGGGAGAACGUGCAGGUGUGGCUGACGGAGCUGGAUCUGCGGCUCACCGAUGUGGAACAUUUCUCAGGGGGCAGCUCGCUCGAGAAAAUGAUGGAGCUGCAGGAGUUCCAGGAGGCCGUGCAGUCCAACGCGGAGCGGCUCGACUGGCUGCUGGUGUCCGGCGAGCGGCUGAUCCAGAGGAGCGAGCCGCAGGACGCCGAGAUCCUGGAGGAGGAGCUGCAGGAGCUGAGCUGUUACUGCCAGGAGGUCUUCUGGCGGGUGUUUCGCUUCCGCCGCCGGCUGGUCAGCAUGAGGCUGGUCUUUGAGGACGAGUGGCUGUCAGACCGAGACACUGACGCGGAGUCUGACUGCUUCGCAGACGCGUCCCCGGAGCCUGAGGUUGAGGGAGAAGCCAGGGGGCCCCCGCCCGCUGCUUGGAUCUACCAGUCCACCCCGCACAAGGCUCUCUGCUGCCGGCGCCGCCAUCCGUUCGGGGCUGCCUGGGGGGACAGCCUGGACCUGGAGUGGGACCCCUCGGUGGACGUGGGCGGGUCCACGUCUCAUGACGAAGAGGAUUCAUCGUACUGCAGCGCCAUCACGGGUGUGGGCCAGUGGGAGGAGCCGGGCCGGAGGUGCAGCUCCCGGCUGGGCACGCCCAGCAUCUGGCCGGCUGGAUGCGGGAGAGGCGCCGGCCACGAGGACCUGAACGCCGUUCCCUUUCGAGGGGAAACACAGGCGCAGCUGGGCUCCCAGGACGGGCCUUGUCUCUCCCUGGCGACCAGAAGGAAGGUGGAAAUUGUCUGGGACAGUUCCGGGAAUGCCCCUCGGCGGGGCAGCCGGCAUCCCCAGGGCCUGGCACUGGGGAACGAGGCCUGCCGCCAGACAGAGACGGUGGGCUUUGACCCCGAGCGGAUUGAGAGCUGGCUGGGCCAGACCUGCGUGGAGCAGGGCAAGCUGGAAGUGAUGCAGCCCUGCAAGAGGAGUCAGGCCGGUCCCGGCUCUGAGGACGUGGCAGUCAUCAUUGAGAAGGGGUCUAUGUCACAGCCCUUGGCUUUCUCAGAUCAACCUCGGGCAGGCUCCAGGAUCCUGGUCAGAACGAAGAGGCUGCUGCUCUCUGUGGCUGGGCUGCUCCUGCUCCUCCUGGCCGGCACCUCCCUUCUCUCCCGCGCUGAAACGCCCUGCUACGUCCGGUCCUUCCAUUUCAUGCUGAGGUACGUCAAUGGGCCACCUCCGACGUAGGCGUGCUGGGAAAAUGCCAACGAGAGCCCACGGUUUCCCCAAUGCCGGGGGCAGCUCCAAGGGGGUAGGGGGGCCAUUUCCCACCAUUCAGUGCCGCCCUCGGGUGGAUUUUCCUUGGGCAUCUGCCAAGCCACCUGCUUCUGAGGAAGAUACCAACCUCCCAGCAUGCCCAGAUAUGCAAGGAGCCUGCCCGUGAAGGAAGCACUUUUGGAUCCUUCCGGGGACUUUGGAAGAAGCUCAUCAGUACUUUCAGAGACCCCCAGAGCUGACCCACACGAACCCAGAAGCUUACGGCUGAAAGGAACCUCAAGAAAUCAGGUGGUCCCACCACUGCACCGAUCAACGACUCCUUGUGGUCGUUGUCCUUGCUCUGCCAGCCCAGCCCCUUGGCAGGUCCACCGCUCCCCAGGGAAUGGGGCGGGUUGGAAAAUUCUCCAUCGCAGCUGUUCUUCGGCAGCAAAUCAGGACUCGACCCAACAAAACGUCCUGUGAGAAGUGGCUGCUUCUUGUGGAAAAUUUUGACUUUUUGUUCAGAAUCAAAGAAUACCCAAAACUCCAGAAUAUCUCAGUUCAGAAAUGCUACCCAGGUGCCUCAUGGGAGUUGUAGUUUGGGUGAUUCUUAGCCCCAUUCUUUAUUAUGGGUUGGGCUCCCCAACCAGCCUACAUCUCCCAUGAUGUGUUGCAGCUGUGGGACUCCCGUGAUGCACCAACACCCAUCUCCAAGAGGCAAGACCAUGGAGCAUGAUGGGAGAUGUAGUCUGGCCAGGGAGCCUAGCCCAUAGAAGAGAAUGGGGACAUGCGAGACCUGAACUACAGCUCCCAUAAGACACCUGGACAGCAUGGACUGGGUACUGCCUUAGUCCCCUAGGGGACUGGAACUGAUGCCGCUGCAGCCUUGAAGAUGGGUCUAGUAACUGGUACCACUGGAACCGUAUGCGAGGAUGGGGGGCGGGGAGAAUCCAUAGCAAUGGGUGGUCCCUGGUGCACCCAGGCCCAUCCAAACCUGAGUCUGUGUGAAU